AUGAAGUUUGGUGAACACUUGCGAAAGGCAUUGAUCAAGAACUAUGUCUACUACUACAUUGCUUACGACGACUUGAAACACCAGCUCAAGAAAGGGUUGAAAGACCACGAUUACACCUGGAAUAACCAGUUGGAAGAAGACUUUUUGAACGAGUUGGAAACUGAGUUGGACAAGGUCUACUCCUUCACCAGGGUCAAAAACACCGAGGUCAACCGGAGAAUCAAGCAGAGCGAGCAGUAUGUCCACGACGUGGUCAACACCUUGCACCGCUAUCAGAACAACGACCCCUUGGUUACGCAACCGCCCCAGGAGCAGGACUUCGAAGACUUGGAAGAGGAGUUGUCCGAUAUCAUCGCCGACGUCCACGACUUGGCCAAAUUUACCCGCUUGAACUACACGGGAUUCCAAAAAAUCAUCAAAAAGCACGAUAAAUCCACUCAUUUUCACUUGAAACCCGUCUUUCAAGCGAGAUUGAACUCAAAGCCUUUUUAUAAAGACAACUAUGACAAUCUUAUUGUCAAAUUGAGUAAAUUGUACGAUUUGGUGAGAACAAGAGGUAAUCCAGUCAAAGGUGACUCGUCGGCUGGCGGCUCGCAACAAAAUUUCGUUAGACAAACUACAAAAUACUGGGUUCACCCUGAUAACAUCACCGAGUUGAAAUUGAUCAUAUUGAAACACUUGCCGGUGUUGGUCUUUAACGCCGAUAAGGAAUUUGAAGCUGAAGACUCUGCAAUCACCUCGAUUUAUUUCGAUAACAAAGAUAUGGACUUGUACUAUGGCAGGUUGAGAAAAGACGAAGGUGCCGAGGCCAUCAGAUUGAGAUGGUACGGUGGCAUGAAGUCGGACCAAAUCUUUGUUGAGAGGAAAACUCAUCGUGAAGAUUGGACGGGUGAGAAAUCAGUCAAGGCCAGGUUUGGCCUCAAGGAGAAAAAAGUCAAUGCUUUUCUUAGUGGUGAUUUGAAAGCUAGUGAAGUUUUUGAAAAAAUGAGAAAAGAUGGUAAGAAAUCACCACAGGAGAUUGAAAAUUUGGAAAGAUUAGCUCAAGAAUGCCAAUAUCGUAUCUUGAAAGAAAAGUAUCGCCCCGUGAUGAGAUCUUUUUAUAAUAGAACCGCGUUCCAAUUACCAGGUGACGCAAGAGUCCGUAUCUCAUUGGAUACUGAGUUGACCAUGGUUAGAGAAGACGACUUUGACGGUUACGACAGAACCCAUGGCAACUGGAGAAGAACCGAUAUCGGAGUCGAUUACCCAUUCCCACAAUUGCAAGAAAAGGAUGUUUGUAGAUUCCCCUAUGCUGUUUUGGAAGUGAAAUUACAAACACAGUUGGGCCAAGAACCUCCAAUGUGGAUUAGAGAAUUGAUCAAUUCGCACUUGGUUGAAGCCGUGCCCAAAUUCUCGAAAUUCAUCCAUGGUGGUGCAACUUUGUUGACUGACUAUGUUGACUUGUUGCCCUUUUGGUAUACGCAAAUGGAUGUGGAUAUUAGAAAGCCAAAAGUUAUUGAAGAGUAUGGUAUUCGCCGCCACCAAGGCCCACUACAACAGAGAUUGGGAGACAGCACCAGCGGCAAUGAUUUGGACGAUGAAGAAUUGACUGGCUCCUCGUAUGCUGGCGGUGUUCAUUUCUCCAACGACACCAAUCCGUUGGAAGAAGAUUUGGAUGAACAAACGCCGCUCUUGUUGCCAAGCAAUUACUCAUCAAGGCACACAAACUCACCAGUCAAGGAUUUCUUUUACCACUUGUACGGUCAAUUUCUCCAUUUUUUUAAUGAUGACCGUACAUUCACCGUUAAGCCUGGUACCAACUGGGACCUCAAUGCUACAUUCAAGGAUAAGAUCCCUGCGGGUAAAACCAUUUGCGUUCCAGUUCGAAUCGAGCCCAAGGUUUACUUUGCCAAUGAACGUACAUUUUUGAGUUGGAUCACCAUUGGUAUGCUUUUGGGAUUCACUGCCACUACAUUGUUGAACUAUGGCUCCAAUAGCGCAUUAACUGCUAGCAUUGGGUUUUUCAUUACUGCAUUGUUCACCUUGGGCUAUGCUAUAUACAGGUACAUUUGGAGAGUCUUGAUGAUUAGAGAAAAGAAGCCCGUUCAAUAUGGCGAUAAAUUUGGUCCCAAUAUGAUUUGCGCUUGCUUGUUCUUGUCCACUUUUGCCACUUUUGCAUUCAAGUAUUUUGAUUAG